AUGAAGCUUCCGCUACUACUUGUAUUUACGUUCAUACUAAUAUCGCAAAUAGAACACAGUGAGUGCCGGCAAAUCUCAUGGUUCCCAAACGUAAUAGACACUAUUUCCAACAAAACAACUCAACUCUCAAACUACGUACGUGAAAAGGGACGAAGGAUAAAACACUUUUACGUCGAAAAUGUACGAAAAAAGAUCACUUCAUACCUAGGUUUGAAUAAUGACGAUUCAAACUACAUUGAAAGACCUGAAGACAGACAAUCGAGGAUCAACAGACAAUUCAGAAACAUCGUCAUAGAAGCAGAGUCAUCGAAAAAUAAUUUAUUUGACACCAUAGCGCCUGCUGCAGUGGAGUAUAAGUGUACAAAUGAAGACCCUAUGAUUCACAUGACUACUCCGCAAUUGAUUGCAGUCCAUGGAUACCCUGCUGAAUCCCAUACUGUUGUGACAGAUGAUGGCUACAUACUGACCAUACACAGGAUACCAUAUUCCAAAAACGCUGAAAAUAAAGUAAGUCCUAGGAAAACAGUGCUGAUGCAUCACGGCCUGCUUGGAAGUUCUGCCGAUUGGAUCCUAGCAGGCCCCGAGAAGGGUUUGGGCUAUAUUCUGUCUGAAGCCGGUUAUGACGUAUGGUUAGCCAACGUCCGAGGAAAUACUUAUUCCCGAGCUCAUGUUUCAAGAGAUAUAGAUUCAUUUGAGUUUUGGAAUUUCACAUUCCACGACGUAAGCCAACAUGAUCUGCCGGCUGUUAUUGACUACAUUAUGGAGGUGAAAGGAUGGGACGCGAAAAUUAAUUACAUCGGUCAUUCUAUGGGGACCACAGUGCUAUUCGCUCUAUUAUCAACGAAAACUCAAUACAACAAGAUAUUGAGAGCAGGCUACGCUUUGGCGCCAGUCGCAUACAUGACAGACAUAAAAAGCCCGAUAAAACUACUGGCAAGGUACAGCGAUAACAUAGAGUAUCUAAUGAAGCUACUCGGAGCUAAUGAGUUCCUUCCUCAAAACGCAGUGCUGAGGUGGUUAUCAAAACAUGCUUGUGAGAUAAAUCAUUAUGAGGAAGCGAUAUGUGAAAAUUCCAUGUUUGUUUUAUGUGGACAUGAUGAGAGGCAAUUCAAUAGGUCAUUGUUGCCAAUAAUUUUGGGACAUGUGCCUGCAGGUGCUUCCACGAGAACUUUAGUGCACUACGCUCAGGAGAUCAAACAGAGUGGCAGGUUCCAGCAAUUUGAUUAUGGGCCCGUAGAUAAUUUUAAAGCAUAUGGGACGGUGACUCCACCUGAAUAUCCAUUACAUAAAAUUACAUUGCCAAUUGCUUUAUUCAGCUCGCAAAAUGAUUGGUUGGCUGGUGACGGCGAUGUGUCAAACUUAUACGUACAGCUGGUGAAUCCUAUUGAACAUUACAUAGUGCCAUUAAAGGAAUUUAAUCACAUAGACUUCUUAUGGGCUGUUGAUGCGCCAACACUCGUUUACACAAAAUUGUUACAAUUGUUAGAGAAGGGUGUUAGCAAGUCCGUUGAUGAUGACUUAAUAGACAAUAAUCUAUUAGAUGACUAA